AUGAGCGGCGGAAGCGGGAGUUUCCUCGAGAUCCAGCCAUCGGAGCUGGCAUUCCCCUUUGAGAUAAUGAGGCAGAGCUCGUGCUCCAUGCAACUGACCAAUAAGACUGACCAUUAUGUAGCAUUCAAGGUGAAAACAACCAACCCGAAGCAGUACUGCGUGCGUCCUAAUAUUGGCGUUGUAUUACCUGGGUCAACUUGUGAUGUUACAGUGACAAUGCAAGCACAGAAGGCUUCACCACCUGACAUGCAGUGCAAGGACAAGUUCCUAGUUCAAAGCGUUGCAGCUGAGAAUGGUGCAACAGCUCAAGAUAUUAAUGCAGCCAUGUUCAAUAAGGAGCCAGGGAAGGUUGUUGAUGAAUUCAAGCUGCGUGUGGUUUAUGUGCCAACAACUACGCCCAACCCGAUCCCUGAAGAAUCUGAACUAGGGAGUUCCGCUCCCUCAUAUUCACAAGAAAAUGGGAUCAGUCAUUCCACGAUGUCACUAUCUGUAUCUAGAUCGUCUGCUGAAACAACAAAGGAGAAGCCCUCUGAGGCAACGUCUGUGAUCUCCAAGCUAACUGAGGAGAAAAUGUCUGCUGUUCAGCAGAACCAGAAGUUACGACAAGAGCUGGAGCUUCUACGGAAAGAGAGCAGCAAAACCAGUGGCGGCGGUGGUUUCUCCAUCACCUUCUUGUUCAUCGUGGGCCUUCUGGGCAUCGUUGUCGGCUACAUCCUCAAGAGAACAUAG